CCCGCUGCGCCCACCGAGUCCGAUGGCGGCGGCCGCGCUGAGGCGCCCGUCUGAGGUUGGUGUGACCUUUGAGGACAUUGCCCUGUACUUCUCCAGGAAGGAAUGGAGCCUCCUUGAUGAGAGUCAGAGACGCCUGUACCUGAAUGUGAUGCUGGAGAACUUUGAGCUUAUAUCCUCACUGGGUUGCUGCUGUGGAGCAGAGGAUGUGGAAGCACUGAUUGAACAGAACGUUUCUAUAAGAGUGUCAGAAGCAAAGAAUCCCAAGUUAGCUUUGUCUUCCCAGAAGAGCCACCCCUGUGAGAGUUGUGGAUUAGUCUUGAGAAAAAUUUUCCACUUGAUUGAGCUGCAGGAAACAGAACCCAGCCAGAUACUGUUGAGGUGUGGGGCCUGUGCAAAACAAUUUUAUUUCAGUGCAAAAUUUCACCAGCACCAGGAGCAGCAUGUGGAAGAGAAGCCUUUCAUAAGAGGAAAGACUGGCAUUGCUAGUCCACUGUGAAGUCUGGAUGCUAUAAGAUAACAGAUCACUCCAAAGAGGGGGUAGAUGUGACAACCUCAGGUAUGGCUGGGAGCAGCAUGAUAUUUUUCUUGUCACAGGAUACCAAUACAUUUGAAGGGAAUCUCUUGCCCAGGGCUUGCAAAGGGCCAUGUGCCCUAAUGCCUACAAUUACAUGGGUGAUGGUUACUGGUUGUAGAACCAUAGGAGGUUGGGGAAACCAUUUUACUUCAGAAACACUGGCCUAAUUGGUGUUGGAGGAGACUGCAGCCCAUUAGAUGGAAUAUGCCUCAUCUAAAUGUGCAUCCGGGAAUUUUUCUGAGUAAAAAACACCGCAGAAAUGGUGUGUAUAGAAAUCUGAGGACUUUUAGGCAUGUUUAACUUGUGGACACAGUCAUUCUAAUUGAAUAUGAUGCAAAGGUUUUGUAGCUUUCUGUAGCAUCAGAUGAUCAAGUCAGAGCCAUUGUUAUGCUCCAGAAAAGGAAAGUUGAAGACAAUGGGUAGCUGUAUUUAGGGCUGUGGCUUUUGUGACCCAGCCAGCAUUCUUACUGGUUUCGUUGAAACUUCUUCAUUGUUAUGUAUUAUGUCCCAGAGGCAAGGCUGUUCCCCCAGAGUACAUGAGAAGUGGAUUGAAUAUAGAGUUGCCAAACCUAUUUU